GGCGUCCAGAAUACCAUAAGCACUUUUGUUAUAAAGUGAUGUAUGAAUUAUGAAAUGAUAGUCUCAAUAUAUUCUUUCCCUCCCUUUCUUUCAAACCUCCCGCACGCCUUUACAUACAUACAAUAGAAUACAUACGCCUUAAUCACUUUCUUCUAUUUUCUAUCCCUUCCCCCAUAACUUUACACCACCAAAGGCCAAAGCAGCCACAACUACUCACCUCUACCAUUAAUCUCUUCAUUCUUUUCUUAAUAUAUAAUUACUUCAUGAUUCCCACUACUUCCUUCUCUUGUUGUUAUACUUCAAUGGGUUUUUGAAUUCCAUUGUUGAUUUUCAACCUUCGAUUUGAUGGGUUACCUCUCUUGUAAUGCCGAAUCCGCCAUUUCCACCUGCGAUUCUUACAAUUUGUCCAGGAAGAAAUCCUUUUCCAAUCCACAUAAUCACCAGUUUAAGAUUAGGGAUUUCUGUUUUGCAGAUCUCGAAGCGGCUACCAAGGGAUUCUCACACACCAAUUUCCUUGGGAAAGGAAGCCAUGGCUCUGUGUAUAGAGCCAUCCUUGACGGUGGUGCUUUGAUUGCCGCCGUUAAACGAACCACCACUCACCACUCGCCGGAUAAAACCAGUGUUCGGGGAAUACAAUGUACUGCAACUAUCGCCACUCCAGCGGAGAACGAGAUCGAGACGCUGUCUCGCGUUCGGAGCCCUAGAUUAGUGAAUUUGUUAGGGUUUGGGUCGGAUCCUGUUGACGGAAGGAAGCUGAUUGUUGUGGAGUACAUGCCCAACGGUUCGCUAUACGAUUUGUUACACAAGAACGACGCCAAAACGCCCGGGUUAGCCAGGCGAGUGAGGAUAGCACUUCAGGUCGCAAAGGCGGUUCACCAUUUGCAUACAUCCAAUCCGCCGGUGAUUCACCGGGAUAUAAAAUCGUCCAACGUUUUGUUCGACGGAAAAUGGAACGCCCGGCUCGGCGAUUUCGGUUUGGCUCUGAGAGGAAACGUUGAGGACGUGAAGGUCCGAUGCACACCGCCGGCGGGGACGUUAGGUUACCUUGACCCGUGCUAUCUUGCGCCGGGCGAUCUGAGUGCGAAAAGCGAUGUCUUCAGUUUUGGUAUUCUUUUACUCGAGAUAUUCUCCGGCCGAAACGCGAUUGACCUAAAGUACAGUCCGCCGUCGGUGGUGGAUUGGGCAGCGCCGCUCAUAAGAUCGGGUGAAUACGGCGAGAUAUUUGAUCCGAACAUUGAGAUAUCAUCCGAUGAGUCCGCCGUGAGGCAGCUGGCGGUGUUGGCGGCGAGGUGUGUGAAAUCAACCGCGGAGAAACGGCCGGCGAUGGCGGAGGUUUUGCAGUGUUUGGUAACCGCAAGUAAGCGAAUAACAUCGCUAAAAUGGAACAAUCUCGGCCUCGCACGGCCGCGCGUGAGGAGAACGUCUCCGCCGUCUAUUAAAUACGAACCAUUGAUUGAGAGUCCCAAGACAGUCAAAGCAUCGAGAGCUUCGGCUUCGGCUUCGGCAUCCAGGAGAAGAACCAAGAAAGGUGCUUCAAGCGUGCCAUUAAAAUUAAAAAACAAAUCCAACGACAUUGAUGAAACCGAUUCAAGUCACGUGUCAAGAUCUAAAUCAAUAGGGUCAUUUCACGAUAUUACAUCUCUACCGUCGGAUUCGAGUUUGGGGAGGAAAAAGGGAGGGCCAGGAUUGAGUGUAACAAUGAACAGGUCAAAGUCAACAGGGGAAUUGACAGGAUUGGUUUGCAAAAGAAAUUGUGGAAUUGUGUUGCAAAUGAUUAGGAAUCCAAAUAUUAGAGAACUAGAAUCUUCAAAAUUACUUGUCAAAUUCAGCAAAUUUUAAUUUAAAAAUGGUGUAUAUUUACAAGGGUACUUUUAAGAAAAGGAAAUUUUUUUAUAUACCAUUCAACUGUUUUUUAGUUAUCUUUAGAUAUUUUUGUUUUUAAUAUUUUUAACAAAUAUAUUAUUAUUAUUAUAUAUAUAUAUAUAUUAAAUUUUUCGUACCUUAACUACAGUAAACUGCCACAUUUUUGUCUAAUUCGGCCCUUCUACUUACAUUGUUUAUUUCUGUCAUUGUUGGUCCUAUAUUUUGUGUAUUUGUCGGUUUUUUUUCUUCUAUCGUUGGUUUUUGUUAAAGAUAUCCCGAUCCUUCCACCGUCUUCCUUUUAUCUUCCACCGCUUCUUCAUCUCCAUCCUUCCAUAGGGUUUCUCCUAACACAUCAGGAUCAUUCGCGCACACUGAUGAGGAGCACGAACGCAACAUAUCAGGGAGGUGGGGAGGGUUGUUCGAUGGUGGCAAAUCUGUUGAGCAAGGGAGUGGUUGACCUCUGGUCGCCCCUUUGUGGUGUACUCUUCGUCUGGUAGAGAGAGGGAAAAAGAGAAACACGAAUGGAAAUACAUAACGGGAUGGAUUGGGAAAUCUCUACCGGCUCUUAGUUUGAUCGGAGAAGAAGGACGAAGGCUUCAGCAAGAGCUGUCAUCAACUGUGAUGGAAGAAAGGGGCUGCUCCGGUAGCGGGAUCGCGAAGGGGAGGAGGGAAAAACUGUUGGUCCCAUCGUGGUUCUGUGAUGUUCAAUCGAAGAAGAAGAAAACAAAAUCAACAACAUUAAGGGUCGGAUGGAGGCUCGCCACAACCGGUUAGCUCAUCGGUCAUUCUUCUUCUCCACUUUGUCGGUUCCAAACAAAAUGGAGAGAGUGAGAUCAGUACAGUAGCCAUAACGGGGGGUGCUUGGGUGGUUUCUUUGAGUUCACAGAGGUGUUUGGAUUGUUGUUCAAAUUGACAGGCACGAUGGAGGAAAGAGAGAGAGGCUGGGCAGGGAAAGCAGUAAACAGAUGAGGAAAUGUUUGGGAUUGUGCUUCUUCAACGAUAUAAAAAACAAAUAUGUAAUCGUCUUUCUUAUUUGAUUUCGUUUGUUUUUUGAUUCUUGAUUCUGAACCUCAGUAAAACCUCAACUGAAUUACGCCCACCAAGUGUUUGUUAAAAUGUCAAAUACAAAUUUUUGGUCUCUUACAUUAUUGCUUGCACAUAUGGUCAAUGUAACUUCAUCAUAUCUAUGAAUUAGUAACUUGUGAUUGAAGAGAAAGGAUUUUCUUGAUUCAAAUGACUGUUGUGGUAAAGCAGGGAGCGAUCCUAAUGUUUUCCCUUUUUUUUUUUUUUUUUUUUUUUUCUGUUUCACUAAAAGUUAUUUUAAAUAAUUGAAAUUUGUCAUUGGACACCACAUGAUAAUGGUUGAAGGUGCAAAGACUACAACAGAGACAACAAAAGGUUGUGGGAAGAUUGUUCCGAUCUUGGAAUGCUAGAUUCUUGGAUUUGGAUCUUUGGUCACAUGGAAUAGUAUGUUAACCACAAGAUACUGCUAUUAUGCGCCACUUCCACAUCUUGACAUAGCCAGAUUGCAUCCUGUCAAUGUAGUUACAAAUCACAAAACCAGCUUCUAAUUAUGAUGCCAUCUGUAAAGUUUUUGGCAUUCACAAGAAGGAGGUAAAUGUUUAAUGCCCAUUUUAAACCCUAUCUGGUCUUUUUUUAUAACCUUUUUUUUGUUACUACUAUAGUUUUGGCAAAAAGAUCUUAGUAAACACAAAUUUAAUAAAUAAAUCUUAUAUAACAUAAGUUUUUAUGGUGAUUGUUUAUUCUAAAAUCUUCUUUUCGUAUACCAAGCUUACAUGUAAUGAUUUAUGCCCUCCGGUACCUGAAUCCAAGUUUAAGGAGUGUUGGCAACACUAGCUGUUCCCUUCCAGUUGAUGUGCUUAUAUCAUGUAAUCAUGAAUUCCAGUUUAAAUGGUUCCAUUGAUGCAUUUAUCACUUAUUAUGCAGGAAUACCAUGAAGGCAUCAAUUCUUUUUUAAUAAUGUCCAACAUGUUGAUUCUAUUCCUAAGGAAGACAAUGGCUCUAUCUCUGAACCCUUGGGUCUUGUGUGUUACUAUGUUUCAGCCAAAGAACCUAGGAAUGGAAUCACCAAUUCCAUGGAAUCAGGUAAUGAUGGGAGUCGAGCUUCAAGAAGUGGACAAGCAACCAUGAAUCUUUACACCUAUACCUAUCUUGAUGAGCAACCAUGAAUCAAAUUACAUACUAUGCUCUGAAACGUUUCUAUUUUGGUAGUUUUUUUAAUGAUAGUUCUCUCAUCUUUUUCAUUCCGGGAAAAUUAGGUGGAGAUCUACAUUAUACAAGUGAUAAUAGUGUUGGCGAUUGUAGUUGCACCUGUUCUAUCUAUUCCUUCAUUCGUUACUCCAAAACCUUCUUAUUCGUCAUUGGUACGCUUAAUAGUUUUUUUAGUAUAACCUAAAAUUUAGUUUUCUAAUCUAAUUUAACAGCAAUGGACUUAUUGAUCUGUUUCUGGUGUUGGAUUAUUUAUGUUUCAUCAAAUCAAAUAAAUUUUAUAAAUCAGGAAAAAAUUCAUAACUUACAUUCGUGUUUAAGUUUUCCUUUGCAAAAAUUGGUUGUUUUAAUGAAUUGUUGUAAGGACUACACUUGACACCAGUUGUGGGGUACGUAUGUUUUUAUUUUCAAUUCUAUCUGAAUGUUUUUUAUUUGAUUUAGGAUUUUUGAAAAUUCUGAUUUUUUCUUUUUUUUGGCGUUAUUUUUAUGUUGCAAGUUUUGGUCCUUACCUAUGGAAGAGAAAUGUGAUAGCACUGUCAUUUGCACCUACAGAUAACCAUGAAGCGGAAGUUCAAGUUUUGGUCCUUACCUAUGGAAGAGACAUGGCUCAUUGCUCCCGCUGCUUGAUUCCAUGUGGUUCAAAUGAUGGAAAGUACAUGAUGGAAAUUCAUCGGGUUCUUAAACCGGGUACAAGAAAAUGGAAUCGUGUGUGAGUCCUGGAAGUGGAGGUGAUUAGGUGGCGUUUGUUGAACAACUUUAUGAUGCGUUCCCACCAAGCAUAGUUAACGGUUUGAUUCUAGGUCUGUCGGUUGAGAAAUAUAUGGAGGAUAGUAAACAAAUGGAAUAAACAUGAGAAUUGUUAUAAACGUAUGAAUGGAAUAAUUGACUCCAGAAAAUGUAAUGGAUAUAAAUACAAGGAUUUGCAGUUGGAAAUCCUAGGUGUGAAAUAUUUUUGAAGAAUGCAAAGAAGGUAUAGUAAGUACAUUGUUCGUA